CCGGAGCGAAUUCCACAACAGUCAUUUAGGGCGAAGCAGAGGUCCUACAGUGCACUGAAGCGGAGGCCCGUCUCGAGCCCGAAGAAGAGAGUGUCGUUGGAUGAGAUAAUGGCUUCAAGAGCUUGUUUUAGGACGAAGAGGUCUUAUUCUCAAGUUGAAGAGGGUUUUGAAUCUUAUCGAAUUCCACAACAGUCAUUUAGGGCGAAGCAGAGGUCCUAUAGUGCACUGAAGCGGAGGCCCGUAUCGAGCCCGAAGAAGAGAGUGUCGUUGGACGAGAUAAUGGCUUCAAGAGCUUGUUUUAGGACGAAGAGGUCUUAUUCUCAAGUUGAAGAGGGUUUUGAAUCUUCUGUUUUUAUCGUGUUUGAAAAUGGUUGA